GGGAGCGUCAUGACUAGCAUCAGUUAUAUAUAACUGGAGAUUGAAGCAGCUCGGUUUUGUGCCGUCUUUAUUCACGGAGUGAUUUGUAUAAUCAAUGCAUGGAGUCUUCUGUGUCGCCUUAUAUUUAAGUUUAUAAAGUCACGGCCAGUAAACAGUAAACAGGUGACUGACAUGUUGCCAGUGGUGGUGGUCCAUGGAGGGGCUGAUCAUAUCCCAAAGGAGCGGUCAGAAAAGUCCACUUUGGGGGUGUGCUCAGCCGCCCGAGCAGGGUACACCAUCCUCCAGGGAGGGGGCAGCAGCAUGGAUGCUGUGGUGGAGGCUGUGACCUUUCUAGAGAACAACCCAUCCUUUAAUGCAGGGUGUGGGUCAGUGCUGAACAUCAAAGGAGAGGUGGAGAUGGAUGCCAUUGUGAUGGAUGGGAAAACACUGGGUAGUGGUGCCGUGUCUGCUGUACGCAACAUAGCCAACCCUAUCCAGCUGGCAAGACUGGUUAUGGACAAGACGAGUCAUGCGUGUCUGACAGCAGAGGGGGCCAAUCGGUUCGCCCGGUCCAUGAGUGUCCCUGAGGUGCCCCUCGAGUCCCUCAUCACUGAGUACUCCCGCAUGCGCUGGACAAAGAACCUGGCAGCUGAUGCCAACCCUGUGGAGUGCCAAAUAGGGAAGAUGGGCACGGUUGGAGCAGUGGCAGUCGAUGUCGAGGGCAACGUAGCCUGUGCGACCUCCACUGGUGGGAUUCUGAACAAGAUGGAGGGCCGCGUGGGCGACACACCCUGCAUCGGGAGCGGAGGUUACGCUGACAACCAGGUGGGAGCAGUGUCAACUACAGGCCACGGAGAAGCCAUCAUGAAGGUUACUCUAGCCAGACUCAUCCUUUUCCACGUGGAGCAAGGUCAGUCAGUGGAGGCUGCCAGUGAUUUAGGCCUGGCCUUCAUGAAGUCCAGAGUACAUGGGCUGGGUGGGGUGGUGACAGUGGACCCUCAAGGCCGCUGGGCCGCUCGCUUCUCCAGUCUGCAGAUGUCCUGGGCUGCGGCUCAGAAGGAUACCCUGCACUACGGCCUGUACACUGGGGAACACUCAACCCAGAGCAUCGAGAAACCGGUCUGACAGGAAAUACAACCCACAUAGGUUGUGUAUUUUUAGGCUGAAAUUGUGCACUGAAUCAAGAAUAUUAAUAUAACUUAAAAAAGGACACAUCACUACUUAUAGCUACAUCUGGUACAAAUCUUUUUGAGACAGCUGACGCUGAACAGUUUUCAGGUUGUCCAAUCUGUCUGGAAGAAUGUACCAACCAAGAAGCAGCCCCCGGGCGGAGCAGGGAGGCCGAUGUGCACGGGCCAAAAACUGCAGCUCAUCGAAAAAUAUACCUUCCAUAAUUGAAGAGUUUGAGUGUUUCUCACCUGGUCAUAUCUCUUUCUGAUGGAAUAAAAUACUUCUAAAGUUAUUGUUUAUUAACAACAGAGAUUCGGUGUGAUGUUUCUGUAGUAGGGUUGUACCGUGAGGUGAAACUGCCAUCACUCCAGCGUUUGAACCAGAGCCAGUAUGUGAAGUGGUCUGAUGAUGAUUGUCAAUGCGGAAGCUUUGUGUUAGGAAAACACUGAUUUGUCAAUAAAUGUCUUUGAUCCCUGA